GUGCUCCCUCUCCGACCCCAAUAACUUGACCUCCCUCUUUGGCUCUUUGUCUGUUGCUGCAUCCCAUACCAUCAUGUCUCUCCAAGGUCUCAUCUCCGGCUCAGAAUGUGCCGUGCCGUUUAACCCGCUCUCGCAGGUGCUGAAGCACACCGAGGGCGAUCGCAGCGUGCAGCAGGACAGGAUUGCAGGGCCAUCUUCUGCUCGGCUUCAUCAUCUGCCGAGCACCUCCUCCGCCCCUGGCGAUGAACGCGACCUCGCACUCGCCCGCCAGUUUUUCGACGGGAAUGCCACGUCAUCCGGCCCCGGCCCCGCCUUUGCUCUCGCACACUAUCCUCCUCCGCAGAUGGGCCGCCCCAUGGAGGUGUCCGUCCCCCGCAUGGGUGGCGACUUGAACAAAGCGUGGGAAGACGUUGGAGCAAUGCAAUUCGCGCAUGAGCAUGCUUCCCGCGAUGCUCCAUCAUUGUCCCAGAACUUUGCGUGGACAACGGAGUUUAGCAGUGACCCCAGUGAGGCGGCACAGCGCUCAGUUGCUCAGAGACCAGAUUACGCGCAAUCACCCUAUGUGCAGUCAAGUUUGUACCGGGGAGCGCUAGGCUCUGGGAUGAUGUAUGGGUCCAAUCUCAGCGCUUAUGGCGCACCGCUGCAGAGCAUAGCUAGUGGCAAGGGAAAGGGCAAGGAGAUCGACAUGGAGGCCGCGUUCAAACAGGCAUUCGAGUCCUUUACGAUAGAGGAAAGUGGCAGGAUCGUUGAGGAAAAGGACGAUGUCAGCACUGCCGCUGUUGAAGGCGCACAGGCGAGCGAGCUGCGCCAAAGCGAAGAGCAAGAAGCGCUCCAGCAUGAGACCGAUUUCCAAAAAGUUUGGGACUCGCUACAGCAUUCGGAAUUGCCUCCUCCGCAGGAUGAUAUGGCGAAAUGGGAGGCGCAAUUCAACCAGCUGAUGUCUGCGCAGCGUGAAGACGGCGAGUACGAACAUGAUUAUGGAAAGUCGAUGCAACAAGCGUGGGAGGACGGCCUCGGUGGGUUCGACUCUGUCCAAGAUGGAAGCAUGCAAUUCACGGAAGACGGAUUGCCCAUAUUGGACCCUUACGUGUUCGAAAAGGACAAUAAGUAUAUGCUCCGGAACUCCCCCAAUCAGUCCAAUUUGCAGGCAGCGAAGGCGCUGCUUGACCAGAAUGGAUCAUUGUCGGAGGUGGCGCUGCUGUUGGAGGCCGCGAUCCAGCAGGGAGAGCUUGGCAAUGGUGGAUAUGAGGCGUGGGUGCUGCUUGGUGAAGUUAGGAGUAUGGACGAGCGUGAGGAUGCCGCUAUACGCGCAUUAGCAGAGGGUGUUAGGAGGGCAGAAGAGACGGACAAGCAUGGCGAGGGCAUGUUGUCUCUUGCGAUAGCAUACACGAACGAGUCGCUCGAGCGUGCAUCGCAUACGAUGCUCUUGCGGUGGCUGCAUGACCGCUUCCCGACGCACCCGAUUCCCGACGAGGCGUGGAAGUCGCUGUCCGAGUCGUCGUGGCACUCGCACGAGCGCGUCACGGAGGCAUACCUCAGCCUCGCGAGAGAGCAGUACAGCAGAGGUGAGAUGGAUGCGGAUGUGCAGGUUGCGCUGGGGGUGUUGUUCUACACGAGCAACGACUUUGACCGUGCGAAGGACUGCUUUGAGGCCGCACUUGUCGUCAGGCCGAAGGACUACUUGCUCUGGAAUCGACUGGGCUCAUCCUUGUCGAACGGCAACAAGCCCGAGGAAGCCCUUGGUGCCUACAGAGAGGCAUUACAGCUGCGUCCGACGUACACGCGGGCCAUUUACAACGUAGGCGUGGCAUGUCUGAACAUUGGCGCGCACAAGGAGGCCGCGGAGCACCUGCUGAGUGCGCUGGCGAUGCAGGACAUGUCAGCUGGGGCGAAGAGCGACCAAUUGUGGUACACACUCCGGAGAGUGUUUUUAGCGAUGGGCCGGCAUGACUUGGCGGACAUGGCAAAGUCGACGGCAGAUGUGGACGCUUUCCGGAAGGAAGGGUUUGAUUUCUAGGGAGGUGGUAUCGAUGUAGAGUAGGGGGCCAGUGCUCGGUGGCUGCAACCACUGUCAUCGUAAUAUCCAAUCCUAAUAUCCGCGUGCUUAUUGGCGCAGGCGACUGUG